GCCUCCCUCUCUCGUCGUCGAGAAGAGGCGCCGCACCCCACGUCCCCCACCCCACCACUCUAGUAGCACGCGGCCACGCGCCUCCGGCUCCGGCUCCGACCACUCACCUCCGGCGGGGCGGCAAUGGCAGCCCCGCGGCGGCCGGCGGCGGCGGCGAAGGCGAGGAGUGGGCGAGGGGCCGGGAGGACGAGCCGGUGGCUGGCGGCGGACGGGAGCAAGCGCUGGGGGGAGACGUUCUUCCUCCUCUACACCCCCUUCUGGCUCACGCUCUGCCUCGGCGUCGUCGUCCCCUUCAAGCUCUACGAGAGGUUCACGGAGCUGGAGUACCUGGUUGUCGGAUUGGUGUCCACCGUGCCGGCCUUCGUCAUCCCGCUCUUCCUCGUGGGCAAGGCAGAUAGUGUUAGAAGCUUGAAAGAUCGGUACUGGGUCAAGGCUAAUAUUUGGAUUAUAAUUUUCAGCUAUGUUGGUAACUACUUUUGGACACAUUACUUCUUCACAGUUCUUGGUGCAUCAUACACUUUCCCAUCAUGGAGGAUGAACAACGUACCACAUACAACAUUUCUCCUGACGCACGCUUGCUUCCUUUUUUAUCACAUGACAUCAAAUAUGACUCUUCGUAAAUUACGCCAUUCUACAGCUCACUUGCCACAGUUUAUUCGAUGGUCGUUCGAGGCUGCAUGGGUUUUAGCACUCUCAUACUUCAUAGCUUACCUGGAAACCUUAGCCAUUGCAAAUUUUCCAUAUUAUGAAUUCAUCGACAGGGAUAUAAUGUACAAAGUAGGCUCACUGUUUUAUGCAAUAUACUUCAUCGUCAGCUUCCCAAUGUUUUCAAGGAUUGAUGAAAAUGAAGAGAAGUGGAGCCUUUCUAGAGUGGCCGUCGAUGCCUUGGGCGCAGCGAUGCUUGUAACAAUAAUUCUGGACCUAUGGCGCAUAUUCUUGGGGCCAAUCGUACCCAUCCCUGAAUCAAGACGCUGCGGUCAACCGGGGCUUGCAUGGUUCCAGGUGCAGAACGAGAGCAUCUAACCCAGCAAUACCAUGAAUCCUACAGCGAAGAGUCUGGUAGCAUUCUUCACCCAACCCUUCCUCUACUGGGAGGAUGAUCUAGAGUAGCCAUAUAUAUUGCUUCGUCAACUUGUGUGCCUCUUGCUGUCAAGCUUGAUUUGUUUCUUGUACGUGAUAUGACCCAUGAAUAACUAGUCAGAUACUGAUAUAUUUCUUGAUUUUAUCUAGAAUACUCUCUUAGGGUACUCACAUAAGCUGUAACAAUAAAGAUUCUCUGAUGAGAUGAGAAUUGAGAA